UUCGGGUGGGCGCGGGGGUUGCAGGGGGCCGAGCUGCUCGGAUUGCAAGGGGGAGGAGGAGCCCCCCUUUCCCGGGGCUGCACCGUCCGGGCAAUUUGCAAGCUGUGCGCAGCGCACCCACCCUCCGGACGGACCCGGGGAAAAUGGAGGCCGUGAUUGAGAAGGAAUGCAGCGCGCUCGGAGGCCUCUUCCAGACCAUUAUCAGCGACAUGAAGGGGAGUUAUCCAAUUUGGGAAGAUUUUAUAAACAAAGCAGGAAAACUACAGUCCCAACUACGGACGACGGUAGUAGCAGCAGCUGCCUUCUUGGAUGCUUUUCAGAAAGUGGCCGACAUGGCGACCAGCACACGUGGGGGAACCAGAGAAAUCGGGUCUGCCCUCACCAGGAUGUGUAUGAGACAUCGGAGCAUAGAGACCAAACUUCGGCAGUUUUCCAGUGCUUUAAUUGACUGUUUGAUAAACCCACUUCAAGAGCAGAUGGAAGAAUGGAAGAAAGUGGCCAAUCAGCUGGACAAAGACCACGCAAAAGAAUAUAAAAAAGCUCGUCAAGAGAUAAAAAAGAAAUCGUCAGAUACGCUGAAACUUCAGAAGAAAGCAAAGAAAGCUGAUGCUCUGGGGCGAGGAGACAUUCAGCCCCAGCUGGACAGUGCGCUCCAAGAUGUCAACGACAAGUACCUCCUUCUGGAAGAAACGGAAAAACAGGCUGUCAGGAAAGCCCUGAUCGAAGAACGCAGCCGAUUCUGUGCUUUCAUCUCCAUGCUGCGGCCAGUAAUUGAUGAAGAAAUCUCAAUGUUAGGAGAGAUAACUCACCUGCAGACCAUAUCUGAAGAUCUAAAGAGCCUCACCAUGGAUCCGCACAAACUGCCAUCAUCAAGUGAACAGGUCAUUCUAGAUUUGAAAGGUUCUGAUUACAGUUGGUCAUAUCAGACUCCUCCGUCCUCUCCCAGCACCACCAUGUCCAGAAAAUCCAGUGUUUGCAGCAGUCUGAACAGCGUGAACAGCAGCGACUCGCGGUCGAGCGGCUCCCACUCUCACUCGCCCAGCUCGCACUACCGCUAUCGCGGCUCCAACCUGCCCCAGCAGGCGCCCAUGAGGCUGUCGAGCGUGUCGUCCCACGACUCAGGAUUCAUCUCCCAGGACGCGUUCCAGUCCAAGUCGCCGUCCCCCAUGCCGCCGGAAGCCCCCGGUCAGAACUCGUCCAGCUCCGCCUCUUCCGAAGCGUCGGAAACCUGCCAGUCAGUGAGCGAGUGCAGCUCCCCCACCUCAGUCAGCUCAGGCUCCACCAUGGGGGCGUGGGCCUCCACAGAGAAGUUGUCUAACGGGUUUUAUCACUGUAGCGAGCCCUAUGUAGCAUCGGGGGGGCUGGCAGGCCUUUUCCCUCAUUACCUGCCUGCCUCCCGUGUGGCCCCUCGGGGGGCCCCUGGCCACCCUCCAGACAACGCUCAUUAUUACACCAUUGGCCCGGGCAUGUUACCGUCAUCUAAGAUCCCUAGCUGGAAGGACUGGGCUAAGCCCGGUCCCUACGACCAGCCCGUGGUGAAUACCCUGCAGCGCCGCAAAGAGAAGCGUGAGCUGGACCCCAAUGCCAACGGAGGAGUGCCCAGCAUCCCCCCUGCCCCCCCGGAGGAAGCCCAGAGGCCUCGGAGUAUGACGGUUUCAGCUGCCACCAGGCCCGGUGAGGAGAUGGAGGCCUGUGAGGAGCUGGCGCUCGCCCUGUCUCGAGGCCUGCAGCUGGAUACCCAGAGGAGCAGCCGGGACUCCCUGCAGUGCUCCAGCGGGUACAGCACCCAGACCACUACGCCCUGCUGUUCCGAGGACACGAUUCCCUCACAAGUUUCAGAUUACGAUUAUUUCUCCGUAAGCGGCGACCAGGAGGCCGAGCAGCAAGAGUUCGACAAGUCCUCCACCAUCCCCAGGAACAGCGACAUCAGCCAGUCGUACCGCAGGAUGUUUCAGACCAAGCGCCCGGCGUCGACGGCCGGCCUGCCCACCUCCCUCGGCCCCGUGAUGGUGACCCCCGGCGUGGCCACCAUCCGGCGGACCCCCUCCACCAAGCCGUCGGUCCGGCGGGGGGCCGCGGGGGCCGGCCCCAUCCCCAUCAAGACCCCAGUCAUCCCAGUCAAGACCCCGACGGUGCCGGACCUCCCGGGCGGGUUUCUGGGCCCUCAGGGUGGGGUGGAGGAGGGCCCGGAGCCCAGCCCCGAGUCUCCUCCCGCCGGCGAGGGCCCCCAGGGCGGGGGCGGCAGGGGCGGCGGGGGCAUGCCCUCCUCCCUGUGGAGCGGCCAGGCGUCCGUCAACCCCCCGGCGCCCGGCCCCAAGCCCGCCGAGGAGCAGAGACAGGCGGCGGCCGAAGGCGUGGCGGAAGAAGCGGAGAGGGCCGGCUCCUCGGAGGGCGACCCCGGAGAGCCAGGGGCCGGGGCCGCCCCGCAAGGAGAAGACAUGCUGAACGCCAUCCGACGCGGCGUGAAGCUGAAGAAGACGCUGACCAACGACCGCUCGGCCCCUCGCCUCUCCUAGGGUCGGGAGGACCGCCCUCCCGCCCCCAGAAAUCCGGUUUCGUCUCCGUCCGUUCCCACCUGCCGUCGAACCCAACCAACCAAACCGUC